GGGAACUACGUAACCCAACAUGCUAGCUGAAAUUUCCAACAUCUGUGUACAUUAGUUUUUAAUCAAUUCUUUUUAUUUAUAAUGCUCAUAUUAUGUAAGUGCGUACAACCCAGUUCUUUUCACAUAAUUAGAAUUUGAAGGACCAUACUUUCGAAAUAGGAAAUAGACAGUCUAAUGUCUAACUGUGGCCUUCCUCCUGUUUUUGCUGAUGAGGACUUGUCGAAGGAGAGCAGCGACAUGGUCAUAGGAGCAGGGUCGCAGUCCUCUGAGCGCUCAUUUAGUGGUGCAGGCUCUCAUGCAUCUGGCAAUACUGAGUAUUCUGAGGAUAUCUCACACAUCCAGUUGCCACAGGAAGAAUCGCCCAACAUGGCUGAAACCAGUGAGCACAGACCUGAUGAGGAGAGAAGAAUGCAGAGAAGUAGACGAGGAGGCUGGUCCAAAGGAAGAAAGAGAAAGAAGGUUCCUCGGGACAGAAAUGCUCCCAAACCACCACUUACUGGUUAUGUACGGUUCAUGAAUGAGCGCAGGGAACAGAUUCGAGCAGAAAGACCAGACGUGCCAUUUCCGGAAAUCACCAGGAUGCUGGGAAGUGAAUGGAGCAAACUGCCUACAGAAGAUAAACAGCACUACUUGGAUGAAGCAGAGAGAGAUAAAGAACGAUAUGUGAAAGAGUUGGAGCAGUACCAGAAGACAGAGGCUUACAAGCUAUUUAACAGAAAAUCACAAGACAGACAAAAAGGCAAACGGCACCGGCAAGAUGGAAUACACAGUGCCAGUGAUCAUGAGAAAGAAGCCGAUGGGAAGGAGAAGACUGUAUUUGACAUUCCAAUCUUUACAGAAGAGUUUCUUAACCACAGUAAAGCCCGGGAGGCAGAAUUGAGACAGCUGCGGAAAACCAAUAUGGAGUAUGAGGAACGUAAUGCAGCCCUCCAGAAGCAUGUAGAAAGCAUGAGAACUGCAGUAGAGAAGCUGGAGGUAGACAUGAUGCAGGAACGUAACAGAAAUGCUCUUCUACAACAGCACUUGGAGACUGUGCGGCAGGCCCUGGCUAGCAGUUUCUUGAACAUUCCCCUCCCAGGGACUGGAGAGACCCCAACAGUGGAAAGCAUUGACUCUUACAUGGGGAAGCUGCAUAAUAUUAUCCUCGCAAGUCCACAGGAGAAUGAAAGUCUGAUUGCAGUUGUACGUGAUGUUGUAAACCAUCUAAACCGAUAAUGAGAUGCCACUGUGCUGCUGCAUUAGAAAGAGAUCUUUUAAGGAAUGAAUGAAGAAGUCCAAGAAAUCAGCAUGAAGAGAAGCUGGAAUUAGCAAGUUUGUCCAUAUUGUGAAGCAGUGUCAUUUUAGGAUCCAUUUAAGUUCUCUGAUUAAUGUAUUUUAUUUUAAAUUUUAGUGUUUCCAUAUCACUACUAGAUCUCGACUGUACUUUAUUGUUCGAUUUGAGACUUGUCAUCUUAACUUUUACAUUUUUGUGAAUAGGAAGAGCACAGAUAAAACUGACUGCACCUGUUCCCUAAUUAGCAGAGAAACUGCAGCUGUUAACUUCAUUAGUUUAAAAAAUCUAUGCAGCAGAUAUGUUUCCAUCAGCUGUUAAAAUAUGUGUAGUUAGUAAUCCAAAAAUAUUAAAUGCAUUUCACAUUAAGUUGUUUAAAGCUGUCAAGAAAGAAAGCCCUAUAGAACAGUUCUUAAUUGACCGAUGCUUAAAAUAUUAUGAGUAAUUAUUGCCAUACAUUAUAUUAGUUUCUAAGAUGAAAUCCUGACAGGAGUGUUCUAACAUGAGUAAUUAAUGUUUUUGUAUGAUUAAAUGAUAAUUAAAAGAAUGGAUUAUCUGUGA